CGACACUUCCCCCUUUAUCUCAGUCGUCACUACGUAUAUAUCCAUUCUAUAGUAUAGACUAGAGUCUCCUAUUCUCUACUCUUGCUAAUGGGGCAGUGCUUUCUUCUUUCUUCUUCGUCUUCGUCUUCUUUUCAUGAGAGUUGAAGGCCUGGGUUGUAUAUAUGUUCUGGUGAUCGAUCAGUCGGAGUAAGAGAUUAAUGGCGCUGAAGCUAUAAAGUGCCGUGCUUCAUCUACUCUUGUGCGUCUGUGCGCGGGACUCGUUGAUCAACUGAUCAGAAAUGAGAUUGAAGGUCCUAGUUGAUGCAACUUGCAUCAGAAGCAAAGAAGUUGAAGGCACAGUUCCAACUUCAAAUUAAACUGUGGUACUGGAUGAUCUUCUGGUGAUUUUUCAAGUAAAAUUUGCUCCAUACUUUUUCCUAAAAGAUCUCAUGACAUAAUGGAUCACAAGACAUGGCUCUGGAAGAAAAAACCCACUGAGAAGACCAUUAUUGCAGCUGAUAAAGGAAACCUUUCACGCCAAGGAAAUGAAGAAGAGAUACUGGCACUUCUGACUGAUAAAGCAGAGUUGGAGAGAGACCUGAUAAUACUAAAUGAAAAGCUUUCUUCUGCCCUAUCUGAGUGCAACUCCAAGGAUGAUCUUGUCGAAAGACAUGCAAAAUUGGCACAGGAAGCCCAGUCAGGCUGGGACAAGGCAGAAGCUGAAGCAAUGUCAUUGAAGCAAGAGCUAGAAGGAGCUUUGCGACAGAGAGUAGCUGAUGAAGAAAGACUUGUUCAUUUGGACAUGGCCUUGAAGGAAUGUAUGCAACAAUUGCGUUUUGUUCGAGAAGAGCAGGAGCAAAGGAUUCAUGAUGCUGUGAAAAAGGCAUCAAGAGAAUUCGGGAAAACAAGGACUGUUUUAGAGCAGAAGUUAGCUGACACCAACAAAGCACUCGCCAAGUUAGGUGCAGAAAAUACUCAGCUCAGUAAGGCUCUCUUAGCAAAGGAAAAAUUGAUUGAAGAUCUAAAUCAACGAAGUACUCGAUCAGAGACAGAUCUUAAUGCCCUAAUGGCUAGACUAGAAUCAACAGAGAAAGAGAACGCUUCUCUGAAAUAUGAGAUUCGAGUGCUUGAAAAAGAGCUUGAGAUUCGAAAUGAUGAGAGAGAAUUUAAUCGUCGAACAGCUAAUGCAGCAGACAAGCAACACCUGGAGAGCGUGAAAAAGAUUGCAAAAUUGGAAUCAGAAUGUCACAGGUUGCGCAUCCUUGUCCGUAAGCGGUUGCCAGGCCCUGCAGCUCUGGCAAAAAUGAAGACUGAAGUUGAAAUGCUGGGCAGAGAUCAAGCAGAAACAAGGCGGAGAAAGUCUGCUCCUUACCCAACUGGUUCAAUGGACUUUGCUAUCGAUAAUGCUCCCGAUACACCAAACAAAAGAAUCAACUAUUUGACUGAGCAGUUGUAUGCAUUGGAAGAAGAAAAUAGGAGUCUCAAAGAAAGUCUCAACAAAAAAACAAGCGAACUCCAAUUUUCCCAAAUCACGCAUGCUCGCAGUGCUUCCAGAUUAUCACAAGUUGAGGUACAGCUUGAAGAACUAUCAACCGGUCAGAUUGGUGUGGAACCGGCAAGAAAUAUGGCUCGACCACAUGAGAUCUCUUUGUCAUCAGUGUCUGAAGUGGGCAGUGAUGAUAAGGCUAGUUGUUCCGAAUCUUGGGCUUCUGCUUUGAUUUCAGAAUUGGAGCAUUUCAGAAAUGGAAAGCAAAUGGGGACACCAUUGCGAAGAACUGUUGAAUCUUCAGACAUAGAUCUGAUGGAUGACUUUGUUGAGAUGGAAAAAUUAGCCAUUGUAUCCACGGAUAAGAAAUUUGGAAGCCCUCGUAUUGCUUCAGUUAAUGGGAGGGAAGCUUUUGAUCAUCUAGAAAUUCAGUCAGGUGGAAUUUCCAAGAUCAAAGGAGAUAGAAAGGUAGUUGCAUCCCCUGAUUCCAGGUUGGAGCUCGGCAUCAUAAACCAGGACAUCCAGACUGAAAACAUAUUGAUUGGUAAAUUUCCUAGGUGGCUUCAGGAUAUAUUGAAAGUAAUAUUGGAGCAGCAGUGGGUCACACAGAGAAAGCCAAAUGAAAUACUUGAGGAUAUAAAAUUUGCUUUGCAGCAUGUCAAUGGCACAAAUUCCAGCAAAUUUUUUUAUUCAAGGGAAAGCUCAAUCAGUGGUUACAUCUCUCGGAACCUUUCGGACAAGUCUCCAUUAAUGAAUUCAGCUAAUACUGUAAUCGGUGAGGAGAAGGCAGACCAUUGCGAUGACCCUAUCCAGUCAAAACUGAGUAGAUCAAUACGUAAAAUAAUUGACCUUAUUGAAGGAAUCAGCUUAUCAGCCCCAGAUAAUGGUGCCUCUAAAAAUUUUCCUGCAAUGAAUGGUAGUCAUUUCCCGUAUGAGAAUCCAGAAACAUCUUCUGGCUACACGGCUCGUGUUCUUCAAUGGAAAACUUCUGAACUAAGUGCUGUUCUUCAGAAAUUUAUUCAAUCGUGUACUGAUUUGUUGAACGGAAAGGUGGAUCUUGAAAAUUUUGCUGAAGAAUUAGCUUCUGCUUUGGACUGGGUUAUGAACAGAUGUUUUUCCCUUCAAGAUGUGUCGAGCAUGAGGGAUGCAAUCAAGAAACACUUCGAUUGGGAUGAAUCAAGAAGUGAGAGCGAGGUAGAAGGUGGAAUGAAUCGUCAACUUUUGGACGCAGGUAAAUUACAGGUUUCCAGAGAACAGUCUUCAUUUUUGCCCAUUUUUUCAGCUCAAACUGACCACAAAAUGAAAGAAACUUGUCCUAAUAUGAGAGAGAAAACUGAAAAACUGAAAGAAGAAUUGGUAAACAUGGAAUCUAGAAGCAAGAACUUAGAAGGCAGACUCCAGACAGAGAUUGAUAACAGUAAAUCUUUGAUGAUCCAACUUCAAGAAGCAGAGAAAACUAUCAGAAGCUUGCAAAAAGAGUUAGAAACUCUAAAGGAAUCCAAGGAUGUGAUUGAGAAUCAAGUUGAGAAUGACAAGUUGGUGAAUGUAGACCUAGACACACAGCUCAAAGUUGUCAGUGUCGAACUGAAUGAGGUCCCCCAGAAUUUUGCAACUCUAGAAAGAGAACUGGAGAAUAAAAGUAAUUGCCGUGAAGAAUUGGAGGCCACAUGUCUUGAUCUACAGCUUCAGCUAGAAAGUGUUACGAAGAAAGAAAUCCCAAAGUCUGAUGCGAAUCAAGAAGAAAAGGAACUUCGAAGUGACUGGGAAGUAGCAGCAGCUUCUGAGAAGUUGGCAGAGUGCCAAGAGACCAUCCUAAACUUGGGGAGGCAGUUUAAAGCAUUGGCUUCGCCAAGAGAUGCAGCCCUUUUCGACAAGCUUGUCUCCCACCCUUCGGAGAAUAUUGCCACGACUGCCACCCCGAAGAAGAACCUUAGCCGGCGCUCCUCGCUACGGGAUAAGAUGCUGGCUGAAGACAAUGCUGAAGCUGAAAACCCUCCCAAGGUUCUAGACGUUAACUCCCGCUCUGCCUGUCUCCCCAAUAGCACUGUAGAUACUUCAGAAAGUUUUCUUCACGGAAACGGGACUAAACAUAAGGAAAUCCAAGCUGUUGGCAAUUCACUGGCUAUUGUGCCUAGCACAAAAAAGGUAGGUGGGGGGCCAUUGAAUUUCCUGUUGUGGAUAAGAAAGAAAGGAAACAGCAAAAAAGUAACUCUCCCCGUAACUGCAACAACAAAGUGACCACAAGGCUGAGGCCAAGAGAUCUAGUAUUGAUAGCCUUGAUUUUUUAUUGAUUUCAUGCUUGCUUGCUUCGAGUGUACAACAAGAUUCAUUGGAUUUAGUUAUCGGAUGAGAGAAAGAAGGAAAAAAUGCAUCGUUUCUGUGUGAUACUAAUUGUUAUUGUAUUUGUAAAUGAAACCAGAAGGGGGAGAAAGAUUAUUGUGAAAUGAAAACAUUGCACUUGGAAGAGAUUCAUUGCCAA